AUGGCAGAUCGGACACUAAUAUUUCCAAAAACGAAAUUUCAGACAUCCGCAGUCGAAAUCGCUGAGAGCUGCUCCGAUAAGCUAUUGUACUCUGGAAAAGAAAAACUUGAAAUGCUUUGGGAGGACCCAACUACCUUCGAAUUUUCCAGAAACAAAAUGUUCGAGUGUGUUGCCACCGAACUCUACGGUAAUCCUGCAUGCUCAAUCGGAAGAAUUGUUAGCCUGUAUCAUGCUGGAAAUGCUGGAAUUGAUUGGAUGCUCCAGGCAUCAAGAUUCUACCCUGGAUUCAGUCAGUCUGGUGUGUACACUGGUCCACCACUGGAUUUGAAGUUCAACGCUGAUAAGUAUUGUGAUAAUUGA